GAUACAACUGAGAAGAAAGAUGUCCCGGAAGCGCAGACCCUGGCACAGGUCGCUGCCUUGCGCAAUGCUUUGGGUCUCGGCAAGCGUCGAGACACCGAAAAAGAGACCCGACAGGACAGCGUGGAAGAUGUGACAGCAGCGUCGGUGAAACUGCCGGCAAGCAUGCGAGACAUCCAGACUUUUUCUGAGUUUUUGCGGUUGAGCCCGGCGAUCCAGGAGGCUUCCAUGAAGAUGUCGGCUGAGGAGCUGACCGCGUUGUGCGAGACGGCUGCUCGGCUGAAGUUCUUUGAUGGGGAGCUGUUCGAAGCUGUCUUUGUGCACAUCAGGUGUCGUAUCCGCUGGGGCCAGUUUGACUUGCAUCAGGUGACAGCUGUCGCCCAACAUCUCGUCGAUCUGAAUGCCAUCGACCAAGAUGUUUUCCGAGAUGUGACGCAGUGGCUUCUGCCAAGGGUUGGCAGCAUGUCCAAGGCAAUGCGCCUACAGUGGCUGAAGCUCAUGGCCGCUAUCGGCCAAAAGACUGAUCGGAGCGAGGAGGAUGAAGACUUCGAGGACAAGUUACGAACGCAUCCCUUGCCUGGGGGUAUCGAC